UUUUCUAUGCAUACUAUUAUCCAACAUGUUUCCUAAUAAUGAAAGGGAUGAUGAUGAUCAAUUCUUUGAUGAUGCUUACAUGGAAGAUGUGGUCAUAUUCGAUACUGAUGAUGAUAUUAUGGAGUUUCUUGAGGAUGCUCUUAUUGAUGACGAUCCACCAAAGAUGAUCAGGCCUGCCAGUAAAUCAGCCAUUGAAGGGUUGGAGAAGGUAAAGAUCGAUGAAAGAUCAUUAGUGUCGUGUUUGGUGUGCUUUGAAGAUGUUUCAAUCGGGACUGAAGCCAAACGCCUGCCCUGCUCCAAUGUUUAUCGUACAGGGUUUUUCUAUUUCUUAUCAAUAUCUUUGAGACCAAGAUUGGUCCUAAAGAACACUGUUCAGUCAAUCAAUGUUUUGAUCAAAUCAAGUGGAUACUUUACAGAAACCAGGACGUUGAGUUAGUAUUCACGAGAGCAAACAAGAGAAGCUAGUGUUUCCAACAAAAUGAAUUGAUACACUGACUCAAACGAAACUAAAUCCAACUU